GCUAUCAUUCUUUACCAGAGAACCAGUUAAUCAGCUUGAGACGAACGGCUGAACAAAAUGGCGGACUGAGUGGGUUGCGCUUUGGGGGGGGAGAAAGGAAAGAAAAAAAAAAGAAGAAAAAAAAGUAGCGACUACUUUUCUUUAAUAUCACAACAGAUACGGCUCGUUUGUCUUGUGUAUGCUUUUCACCGUCGGAUAAGUUUCAACAAAAGUAUAAAUUCGCCCCUCUAUUUGAGGUGGUUUAGAGAAAGCGUCGAGCACAGGGCCGUCCUUCCUAUGUAAGAGGUUAGCUUAGCUUAGCUUAGCUUAGCUAGGUUGUUUUCGGCGUUUUAACGACGCUGGUCGAAAAACCGGUCAAUAACCUACACGGAUUUAUAGGAAUACGAGUCAAGACGAGCAACCUAGAGAUGACUGUAAUAAUGGAAUAUUCUUUUUCGUGAGCGUCCAGGGACGAGAGAACGAUAGCUAGACAGACGUCAGGCGGUUUAGUUUAACUAGUCUUCGGGCUAGUGAAAAGAACCGAUAGAUAGAUAGAUAGAUAAAAGAAACGCAGAUAUUCCAAUACAAAACGCCGCCAUUUUACAGCGAUUUGGUAGUUUCUAGAAAGCACAAAAAGUCAUGGCUAGUAGCAGCGGUUCUAAAGCCGAGUUUAUAGUCGGGGGGAAAUACAAGCUUGUCCGGAAAAUCGGAUCUGGAUCAUUUGGUGACAUUUACUUGGCAAUCAACAUUACAAACGGAGAGGAGGUCGCUGUGAAACUAGAGUCGCAGAAAGCCAGACACCCUCAGCUUCUGUAUGAAAGCAAGCUGUAUAAAAUUCUUCAAGGUGGAGUUGGAAUUCCACACAUCAGGUGGUAUGGCCAAGAAAAAGACUAUAAUGUCCUGGUGAUGGAUCUUCUGGGGCCCAGUCUAGAGGACCUCUUUAACUUCUGUUCCCGCAGAUUCACAAUGAAAACCGUUCUCAUGCUUGCAGACCAGAUGAUCAGCAGAAUCGAAUAUGUACACACAAAAAACUUCAUCCACAGAGAUAUCAAGCCAGACAACUUUUUAAUGGGCAUUGGCCGUCACUGUAAUAAGUGUUUAGAAUCUCCAGUGGGGAAGAGGAAAAGAAGCUUGGCUGUUAGUUCUUCUCAGGACCCAUCUUUCUCAGGAUUAAACCAGUUGUUCCUCAUUGACUUUGGUCUGGCCAAAAAAUACCGGGACAACAGGACGCGACAGCACAUACCCUACAGAGAAGACAAAAAUCUCACAGGCACAGCCCGCUAUGCUAGCAUCAAUGCACAUUUGGGCAUAGAACAGAGUCGUCGAGAUGACAUGGAAUCUCUAGGCUACGUGUUGAUGUACUUCAACAGAACCAGCUUGCCCUGGCAGGGACUGAAGGCUGCCACAAAGAAACAGAAAUAUGAGAAGAUUAGUGAGAAAAAGAUGUCGACUCCUGUCGAGGUCUUGUGUAAGGGUUUUCCAGCUGAAUUUGCCAUGUACCUGAAUUACUGUCGUGGGCUACGGUUCGAGGAGGCCCCUGAUUACAUGUACCUACGUCAGCUGUUCCGCAUUCUUUUCAGGACUUUGAACCACCAGUACGACUACACGUUCGAUUGGACCAUGCUUAAGCAGAAAGCAGCACAGCAAGCAGCAUCCACAGGAGGACAGGGGCAACAGGCACAGACCCCUACAGGCAAGCAAACUGACAAACCCAAGAGUAACAUGAAAGGUUUCUAAGCAUUAAGGCAGUUUAAUAACGCAAAGAAGAGAAGAAAGGUCUUAGCAGGAUUUGCCUUCAGAUCACAUCCCAGCAUUUAGAACCAAAUUCUCCACGUCAGACAUUCUUUUCCUCUUCUUAUAAGAACUAGGUUUCAUAUACUACGUAUGUAAUCAGUGUAUAUAUAGGUAACAUGCUCCGCAUAUAUCUAUAUAUAUGUCUAACGUAUGUAUAUAGUAUAUCCACAAAGAGGGCAGGCUUGGUAUGGAAUUUGAAGUUGUAAUCAUUUUCUGUCCCUGCCUUCCGUCACCUUUUUUCCAGAACGAUUCUUCAACAACAACAACAACAACAACAACAACAAAAAAAAAACCUCCGAAAACAAUUUGGUUUUCUGAGGGUGUAACUGUGCGAAUCGAAGGUUCGCUCAAGUUCUCUCGUUCAGGAAAACUUUCAGGAAAACGUUCUUGUCUUACAUCACUGGCUGUCCUGAGCUCCAACUGUCGGAUUGAACAGUUUAUUGUUUUUUUUUUUUGUUUUGUUCUGUUUUGGUUUUUUUUUUUUGUUUUUUUUGUUUUCCCUUCUAAAAUUAAAAUUCAACCCGGUCAUAAAAAGAAAUCCUGGCUAUUCCUAAGCAGGCAACUGUUGUUGUUUUUGAAAGGAAAGACGAACGCGUAAGGUCCUGCCUGCUUUGACGUUGCAGAAGAGCUUCUCGUGCGAAGCUGAAAAAUUCUAGUGACUACUAGAUUUCUGUCUAGAACGCUGCAUUAACAGUUAUUGUACUUGAUAUUCAGAAAUAUAAAACGAAUAAAAGAAUGAACUCCACAGAAGCAUAUUCAUUAUAAAUUAGACACUUCAGUAAACUUAUAUGUUAAGUGCUUAGAAGAAAAAUUGUAUGCAUCAUUUGAUCUGAGGGUUUUUUUUUUUUUUUUUUUCCGUUUUUCGUUUUGUUUUUUCCUCCAUUACAUAAAAACAAAACAACAAAAAAAAAAAAACUCAUCGAUAGCCACAGUGCUCUUUUUUUAAUCAGGAAAAUGUUUUGUAGAACUUUCUUUUGAAUAACAUUUGGUUUGGGGGAAAAGGUGUUUUUGUUGCUCCUUGAGGUGACGCUCAUUCUGUUGAACACCCACGGGACUGUGAGCAGCAUUUUAUUUUAUUUUUCUAGUGGUGGUCUAUUGCGCCGUAUUCUUUUCUUCCUUUUUUUCUCUCCUUCUUUCUUCUUUAUUGCAGAAAGUAUAUUGUAGGGUUUCUUUCCUUUUUUUUUUUUUCUUUUUUUUUUUUUUGUAUAUGUUUGGGUCCUUUUGAGGGAAGAUCACCUUGAAUUUCUGAUUUUAGCCACAACGCACCAGUAAUAUGGUUUUCAGGGUUGUCCCCCACCCCGCAUCCUCCUCCUUUUUUUCUUCACCAACCUCCUCUACCUUACUCCUGACCAGCUUAAAGUAUUUUAUUGCUGGAUGUUCUAUGAAGUGUAACUUAUUCCCUUUUAGCAUGUCAGAAUAAAUGACUUCUGAGAAACACUGACCCAGACUAUAAUUUAAAAAAUGCCUCUUAUGUUUCUUUCUAUGCAGCCACUUUGAAACCAAGUGUGUUUUGUGUUUAAAUACAAAAUGCAAGAUUUUAUAGCUGUUAAAUAUGAACGCACCUCCGUGGAUGUCAUCUAAAAUGGCUAUUAAAAAAAAAAAAACUAUGAAAUUUUUUGUUCCUAUCAUUAUAUUCUGGGGUUGUGUGUGUAUAUAUAAAGACCACAUCAAGGUACAGUUUUGAAUAUUUGUCUUUUUAAAAAAAAAAAAAAAAAAAAAAAAAUGUGCUAAAAAUUGCCCAAGAAUCACGUCUUUACCCUUUUAAAGUGCUGUGAACAUUGAAUAUUCGAUUAGCCGAGCCUAUGUGAAUAUAAUCCAUCGAUCGAUAAUAUUGGGGUAAGCCAGGCCGAAAAGACAAAACCCUUCCACCCUUAAACAAAAAUCAAAAGAAACAUUUUUU